AUGGCUCGGUACGUGGAGAUGCUGGACAUGGGCGUGCGCAUCGCCGCGAGGUUCCACUCGCACUGCCCGCAGACGGCGCGCAUGUACUACAAGCCGCCGCAGACCCAGACCCAGUCGACGGCGACGUCGUCGUCGUCCUCGGCCUACGACGCCAAGUCCACGAGCUUCGCCCUCGACGCGCCGUCGGCCCUGCGGCGGCCCUUCGCGCUCGCGGCCGCGGGGGAGUUCCGCGCCGGUGACCGGUCGGGCCACCAGCUUCACGGCUUCGACACCGCGCAAGUCGUCGUGUACGAGGUGGUGUGA